AUGCACGCAGCACACCGUGCACCACCGUCACCAACGAUCCACCCAGCCAGCCAACCAACCCCAAGUAUACUCGAUACAAGGCCCUUCUCACGUUCCUGGGUUCGGGACAGAGUUAGAGUAGAGGGGGAAAACCGGUACGUAGGGGAAGUAGAUUCUGGUUGCACCUACUUCCACCCCAAAGCUAUAUUCAUCAAGACACGGUGCGAGGUAGAGCCCUCGGACUGA